CCUUCUUUUGACGCAUCCGUGCAAGGAGCGUUGCCAAAAAAUAUCCCAUAAUCCUCUUCGCCAAAAUCUCCCUUUUCGGUCUCCAUCUUGGAUCCUGGCAGAGACCUAAACAGCCAUGGGGAUCAGAUAUGACAUGUGUGUUGGCCUCAACAAGGGGCACAAGAUCACCAAGAAUGUGCAGAAACCCCGGCCAUCCCGCAGGAAAGGGAAACUGACCAAGCGUGCGAAGUUUGUGCGUGACCUGGUGCGGGAGGUGACAGGCUUCGCUCCGUACGAGAGACGUACUAUGGAGUUGCUGAAGGUCAGCAAGGACAAGCGCGCUCUCAAGUUCCUCAAGAAGAGGGUUGGAACUCUGCAGCGUGCCAAGAGAAAGCGUGAGGAGAUGCAGAACGUCAUCGCCGCCCAGAGGAAGGCUCAGAGAUCUUAGAUGUCAUGUCCUGAAUACUAAAGCACUUCUCUGGCACUCUCCAUCCAUGUGCCAGUUGACAUGUUAAUAAAAUCAACAAUACACAUCCA